CAUGCUGGCUGCGGGUCUGGAACACAUUCGAUUUACCAUUCCUGUGGAUAUUCCGGGAUGGCUGGCUUCAGGGGGUAGUAUGAGCAGCUCUUCAGCCACCAGCAUGUCUGUGAGCAGUAUGGGGUCCUCCAUCCCUUCCCCCUCGCAGCAUGAUUUUCCAGACCUUGAUACUACAUGCUCAGAGGCCCUCGAGGAGAGCUGGGGCUCUAAGAAGAAGAGGAGGAGCAGGUCAUCAUCACAGAGCUCAUCCAGAGUGUCAUCGGGGGCACGACGCCCACUGAUGCCAAGAGCACAAACCUUAGCACGACGAAAGUGA